AUGACUACCUUCACUUUCGCUCCCCAUUUAGCCCUCUUCAACACAGAUCUUUCCACCUUCUCCGCCACCAAACCCGGCUUCACCGACUUCGGCGUCGGCGGCUUCAUCUUCUCCAUCCCGCCUCGUGAAGAAACAACAGUAAUAGAAACAAAAUCAGAACCCAAAGUGCUCCUCCUCCAGCGCUGCCUCUCGGACUCCUUUGGCGGAUACUGGGAGGGACCUGGCGGGGGUCUUGAUCCGGCUACGGACCGGACGAUUCUGGACGGUGUGGCAAGAGAGGUGCUCGAGGAGAGCGGGUUGCAUGUAUCGCGGUUUGUGGACCUUGUGGCGGUUGACGAAUGGGCGAGGAUGAAGCGGGAUAGGUUGCAUGUGGUUGCUAAAUUUACGUUUCUGGUGGAGGUUCAUGAGGCGGGGACUAGGACUGGGGGUGAUGCUACGGAGGGAAUAGGGGAGGUUUCUCGUGAGACGAUUCAGAAGCGAUGGGAAGAUGGAGUCAAGUUAGCAGAAGGAGAGCAUCAGGUUUACGCUUGGGCGACUGAAGAGGAGGUACGGGAGGGCCUGGAGGACAAAGGGCCUUAUCGGUUUGUAAACCAGAUGGGGACGAGUCUUCUUAAGGGGUUUGAGAUGGUAAGAGAACUUGAACAGUAG